CAAUAACCGUCCACCAAUAAAAUUUAAUCAAUUUAUAUAUUUUCAAUUAAUAUUUCUUAAAAGUAUAAAAAAAUACCUUAACAAUACAUAAAUCUAUCGUUGUGGAACAAUAAAAAAAUUUUACUUUCGGGAAUGGAUGGAGUUGUUUUUAGUACUAUUAUAUAUAUUAAUUAAAAGCCUAAUAUACUGUUAUUGUAUUAAACUUUAAUCAUUUCAAUUUAAAUUAGUAUUAAUAUAUAAUUUUAACCUAUGAAUAAUGGAUCUUGUUAUAUAUAUAAUUUUAUUUUAAGAUUUAUAUAAAAUUGUAAAAAUAUUUUUAAUAUCAUAUAAAGUAAUAAUGGAAGUUUAAAGUAUAGGUGUUUUUAUUUUGUUAAUAGUAAUUUUACCAAAUUACAUGAUGAAAUGUGUCACGUUCAUGAGUUUUAAAAAAUUUCUAAGGGAUCAACCUUGAUAGUACCUCGUAGGGUUUCUCAACAAAAUUAAAUAAUUAAGUAAUAUUUAAGAAGGGAGAGAGAGUGUAGAAUUGAUAAACGAUUCUUCCUAAAUGAACUGUCAAAACCAUUUGAGAGACUACUUAGGCAUUUACUUCUCUUUAAUUGGUACACCUGUUAUAAAAUAAUUAAUUAUAAUUAUAGAAUUAAACUAUGAAUAUAAUAAUUUAAAGAAACUAAUGUUAAGAAACUUACUAAUGCAAAUGCUAAGAGCCAUUCUUAACUAUUUUUAGUUAAAAGUUAAUAGACGUUUUUUUAUAUUCCGCUAAGAAUCCGACUCUAAGAACCUCUCCAUUAAUCAUGCUCUAACCCCUCUUCUCUAAGCUUUGAUUCUAGUCCUAUUCAUCUAACUUUUAUGUUUUCAUUUUAUUACAUUUUUUUUAGGAAACUCAUUUACAUUCUCGUGUUGGAGUUGCUCUAAUAAAGCGGUCUUACCACAACUGGUAAAUUUGUAUUAUAACAUUUAGUUUUAGUAGUUAAUCUAUCCAUUACAAAAUUUAAAGGUUCAAACCAUGAGAAUAUUCGUGGGUUUCGUAAUGAAUCCUUCUACUUUUGUAAAUGUAUGACACUACACAGUACACACAUGAGUCAUGACACAUAUCAAUAAUUGGUCAUACGGAAAUGCCCUAGCAUCAAAAGUUAUUUCGGUUGAAAACUAUCUUACUCAAUAACUCUAAAAUAAAGAUUUUGGUGGUUGGUCCUGAUAAUAUCUUGUCAACAUGUCUCCUUUUUUUAUAUCCUCUUGAAAGUGAUUUCAUGCCAAUGAAAACAAGUUGAUUGUCAAGUUAUAAAAAUAUUAACAUUUUAAUAUAACAAAACUAAGGAGUAAGCAUAUUUAAACCUAACCAAGUUGUUUGAGAUAGUUUUCAUGGCAUUAAAUAAAGGACACAAGGGGUAGUAAAAAGAAAAUAAAGGAGACAAGGUGAAAAAAAAAACAGGCACCAAAGCCCUUAAACGUGCUACGGUGAUGGAUGACGUCAUCCCAACUCAUCAUCGUGACAUCAGCAGAGCUCUGGUGAGCCAAUGGGAGUGUAAAUAACCCGUCUCUUUCCCAUUAUACCCUUGAACCCCUAAAUAAUUCAUAAGCAAGUUUUAUCAUAUUCCUAUUAUACCCUCCACACCAUUUAUAUAUCUCUCUCUUUCUCUAUCGCCUCUCUUUCUUAAUCAUCUUCCUCUGAUUAUUUUUUCAUCUUCAAAGUUCAAAUCAUCAUACCAAAAAAAACCUAAAAGAAAUCACAUAUACAUUAUAUCCUUGUACCAAAAAUAUGGACUCAGAUAGUAACAAUACCAAAUCCAUUAAGAGAAACGUUGUGGACCAACUUGUUGAAGGCUACGAAUCCGCUACUCAGCUUCAGCUUCUCCUCUCUCAUCAACAAUCUAAUCACCACAUCGAUCAGACUCGUAUUGUUUCAGGAGAUCCGGAUCCAGUUAAUGAGCUCAUGGAUAAGAUCUUGGAUUCUUUCCACAAAACCAUAUCGGUUCUUGAUUCUUUUGACCAAGUCGCCAACGUCUCCGUCGUCCUUGAGGGUUCACGGAAUGCUUCAUGCGGCGAUGAUUCAACUCCGGCAAGUUGCAACGGUGGAGAUUCGGGCGAUAGUAGAAAGAGACUUGGAGUUGGUAAAAGUAAAAGAGGAUGCUACACUAGAAAAAAGAGAUCACAUACUUGGACUAUGGAAGCUAGAAGAAUUAAUGAAGAUAUAUAUGCUUGGAGGAAAUAUGGACAAAAGCAGAUUCUUAACUCCAAGUUCCCAAGAAGUUAUUUUAGAUGCACACACAAGCCAACACAAGGAUGCAAUGCAACAAAGCAAGUUCAGAAACAUGAGCAAGACCCUUCUUUGUUUCAAAUCACUUACAUUGGCCACCAUACAUGUAACGUUAGUGAUGAAACACAAGCAAAGACCGAGCCUCUUGAUCUCGAAAUAGUCAUGGAUUCGGACAAUAAUAAAUUGGCAGCAACCAUUUCUCAGGACCAUGUGGAUCCAUAUAUACAAGAGCAAGGGAACGACAUCAGUAGCCUGAUCGGAGUAGGCGCAAGCAUGGUGAAGGAGGAGGAUUAUAACAAUGGUGAUCAGAAUAAAGACUAUUGUGAGGGUUCUUCCACAUAUAGUGAUUUGUCAUUGGUUUGGCCAGACGUGAUGAUGUCUGAUGAUCGUCAACAUCAUCAGAAUCACUUCUAUCACGGUGAAGCUAGUACUACUACUUCUUAUCAAUUCUCUUUCAUUGACAACGAUCAAUUCUCCUCCUUGUUUGAUUCCUACUGCCCUUACGAAGGAACAAGUGCUAUAUGAACAUCCGAAUCCUGAUUCAUAUAUUGUAGUUAGGUUAUAAUAUUUUCUCUUCCUCUCUCUUUGAAUAUGUUUAGUGGAAUGUAAUAUUUUUGAUGUAUGUUUGUUAUAAUUCUGUUUCGACAUUUCUAUUGUUUCAUUUUCUAUGUUAUAGUAAGUCUGAUUCUUGACUAA